CGGUUCAGAGGCUCACUCCGCUCACGCUCAGAGUUCCGCUAUGGACAGCGAGUCACCGGUGAAGCCACGGCGAGGUCGAAAGCGGCGCUUGGAGGCGGAGGCGGAGUCUAAGCGGCCGGACCCGGACCGGGUGGAAGAGGUGCCAGAACGAUCUCCAGAAGCCGCCUCCUCGCUGCAUCGUCCUCGUGGCCGACUGCGGAAGGCCGACGUGCGAGAUCCCCUGGAGACGUUGAAUGACUUCGUAGCUCCCGAGGCACCUGCUCCACGCCGCCGGCUGCGGAAGGCGCUUGCUCCAGAUGAGACUCCCCACCAAACCGGACCUUCGCCAGAGGCGGAUGCAGAGGAUGCCGAUCCACUGGAGCGAUUGAAUGACUUUAUAGCUCCAGAGGUCGUCCACUGCACGCGGCGGCGAUCACUGCGAAUUGCUGGGAAGCAAGCGCGAGCGGCCAACAGCCCAAAUCCAGAGCUCUUUGACGAGGUGCCAGAGGAGCCAAGGUCCGUGUCGGAGAACGAAGAGGAUGACGAAGCAGCAGAGGAGUUUGCCCGCAGCAUCUUGAACAAGACCAGCAAAGCGCCUACGUCAAGGCGUGGUGAUGGAGUGCUUCGGACACGCCGCAAGGCGACCUCCGUGCCACGGCGGAUUAUUUAUGCCGAGGAGGUCCCUUGGCCUGUCCGGAAGAAGAACACUGCAGGAGAAGACAGUGACUCUGAGGUGGAGCGGGCCUGCCGUCAAGAGCGGUGCUUGGCCGAGAUGCGGCGCGCCGUGGAAAAGGGCCGCGUGCACACGCCUUCGAGCCACGACGCAGACCUGCGAUCAGUGCGAGCGGCUGCACUCGCUCCCAGCUUGUCCUUUGAUUGGGCAGAGGCGGACAGCAAGGAAGGCAGCGAAUGUGUCCUGGAGGUCUUACCGCCGGAAAACCGCUGCCCGCGCCAGCUUCUGAAGGAACAGCUGGAAGGACAACGGCGCAAAGAGUUGGCCAAGGGCUUUUCAAUCGACCCACCACCAAGAGGAGCAAGCGGUUCGAUGCCCGGUGAGAGCGUCCCGUCUCACGAAGUCCAGCCAGAGGCGACAGAGGCAGAGCAGGCAGAGCAGGCAGAGGCGACAUGCCAGGCACCAAAGAGGAAACGUUUGCGGCGGCUCUUAGAGGAGGACACGGCUGAAGUUCCAGCUGCCAAUCCAAAUGAGGCUGCCGACGAGACGUCUCUUGCCGGUAGCCAGAAGGAAGAUGAGUCACUGGAACAGGAGGCAGAUGAGGCCAAUCCUCCGGAGGAGGAGGAGGAGGAAGAGGAGGAAGUCCCUUUGGGUUGGAACGAAGAUCUCAAGGCCUGGCGGCGCCAACGCCGCAAAGUCCUGGCGCGGCAGAAGGUCGCGGAACGGCGGCAGCUGCGGCAGAAAGCCUGGGAGGUGGAAGAUUUGGGUCCGGACUUUGCAAAUUCCAUGCUGAGCAAGGAGGACUUUCUACGCUUCAAGCGCCGGUUCUCCACGCCAAGAAUGCAGAGUGAUGGCAGUGGGAAGGCGGCUUCCGCCACACCGCUCUGGACACGUGGUGACGAAGAUUUGUCUGAUUUGUUCCAAGUUCGCCGAGAGUCCCGGAAGGUGGGGUUCUUCUUUGGCAAGCGGCGAGGGUAACGUGAGUGGACCGACAUGGAACGCCCCGACUCCAAGACUUGGAUGAGUUCGACCGGCCCCGUCACGACGGAAACUAGAAAUGGUGUGUCAGAAGGUGUUUUUUCAGAAAGGGCCUAUGGCACCAGAAGUGGCCGAAAUCUUCAUGAUGGGCCUCUCAUUCUGAUUGUGUCCUAAACUGAUUCCAUAUGUGAUCAAUUCCUGGUCGUUUGGGAUUUCUUCAAGACCGCACAUGCUGGGGGUCUCAGGGUUCAGGAGGAUAGCAUGCCUUCAACGGCCUUACUUCAUGCGCUGCAUUGCAUCAUAGUCGCCAUCUCAUACCUGAUGUGCCCCGUUCUCUCCAUGCCAUGUCAAUGCAUGGUUCCACUGUGUCAGAGAACCCCCAUGAAACCAUCAGAGCCAUCUCCACGCAACCUCCAACGCCUUGGCGUCCCAACAGCCUCAGCAGUCUGGAGCGGGCGUUCCUCCUGUUUUUUGCGGGUUCUGGGGUCGCUGAGCUACGCUUGGAGAUGAAACGAACGCGGAAACGGCGCUGUUCCAAGGAUCAAUGCCCUCCACAGAUCUGUGGGUGUUCGAAGAGAAGAAUGUAGACUCGUGAUUAUGAUUAUAAUUCAACCCCCCUCGAUAUGAAGAGGCUUUUCAAUCCAAAUGGAAGGAUUUAUUUGUCAAGAGUCUACAUUAAUUAUGUGGUGCUGCGAAGGGUUCUCAUAGGAUCGGAUUUAAUUUCAGUCAUGUCGUUGAGUGGAUUGCGGGACUUGUGGGUUUGCGCAAGCAAUCGCAAGCGUAAACGUUCAACCUGCUUUGGUGAGACACCUGGAAUGGUUGACGCACGUUACCUAGUCAUUCAUGGCAUUUCUUUGUCCAUGUUUGCUCUACUUUUGAACAAUCCAGAAGACGGCUCGCUUCAUCCUCAAGUCGAGUGAGUUCGCCACGUCUCAUGUGCGGAGUUCGUCGGCUUUCACUCUCUGCUCCGUCGCUCCCAACGUCGGGGUUUUCGGAGGGCGAAGACGGAGGAAAAGCCCACGCGGGUGGCGGCGAUCGGUGUCGGUUCGGAGAAUCCUCGGGAUCUGGGGCGAAACCGGUUCGCAGAUCGUGUCUUCGUCCAUCGGAAUGUUGAUGUUGGCGCAGAUCGGUGGGUCUUUGGAUGUCGGGUUCGAUGGAUGGUCUGUUUUGUUUCAUCCAAAUCCCUCUCCAGAAUACCUCAAAAAGACGAGGAAUGAGACGAAGCAUGACAAACCACUACUAAAAGAGAGACGGUCAAUCAGUCGAGGAACUACACCGGUUUGACCCGCGGUCACAGACGGUCGUUCCAGGAGCAGCUCGCUUGGAAUGGACAAGUGGAACGACACUUCAAGUGCCCUGAAGGAACGCAGGCUUGCAAGACAG